CUCUCUCUCGCUCUCCUCCCUCCCUCCCUCUCCUCCUACUCCCUGCUCCUCUCUCUGAGCUCGAGCCACUCUUCCCCCUUUGAGCCUUCACGAGUUCUGCUCACGAAACCUGCGCGAGGCGACCACUGAAGCGCGAGGCAACUUCCCCCCCUCUCCCCUUCACUCCAGUCAACAUGGCUACAGUUGUAACCUCGACCAGAUUCACAGACGAAUAUCAGCUGUACGAGGAACUCGGAAAGGGCGCCUUCUCCGUUGUUCGUCGAUGCAUCAAGAAGUCCACUGGCCAGGAGUAUGCUGCGAAAAUUAUCAACACAAAAAAGCUCUCGGCCAGAGAUCACCAGAAACUGGAGCGGGAGGCGAGGAUCUGUCGCCUGCUAAAACAUCCAAACAUAGUACGACUCCAUGACAGCAUUGCAGAGGAAGGGUUCCACUACCUUGUCUUUGACCUAGUCACUGGAGGUGAGCUGUUUGAGGACAUUGUUGCCAGAGAGUACUACAGUGAAGCAGAUGCCAGCCACUGCAUCAAUCAGAUCCUGGAGAGCGUCAGCCACAUCCACCAGCAUGAUAUUGUCCAUAGGGACCUUAAGCCAGAAAAUCUGCUCCUCGCCAGUAAGAUGAAGGGAGCAGCGGUGAAGCUUGCAGAUUUUGGCCUUGCCAUUGAGGUUCAAGGGGACCAGCAGGCAUGGUUUGGUUUUGCAGGAACUCCUGGGUAUCUGUCCCCAGAGGUGUUGAGAAAGGAUCCAUAUGGCAAACCAGUGGACAUAUGGGCCUGUGGUGUGAUCCUGUACAUCUUGUUGGUGGGCUACCCUCCAUUCUGGGAUGAGGACCAGCACAAACUCUACCAACAAAUUAAGGCUGGUGCUUAUGACUUUCCUUCUCCUGAGUGGGACACAGUGACCCCUGAGGCCAAGAAUUUGAUCAAUCAGAUGUUAACAAUUAACCCUGCCAAAAGAAUCACUGCCGACCAGGCCCUCAAGCAUCCCUGGGUCUGCCAACGCUCCACCGUGGCCUCCAUGAUGCACCGCCAAGAGACUGUGGAAUGUCUGCGCAAGUUCAACGCCAGGAGGAAGCUUAAAGGAGCUAUCCUCACUACGAUGCUCGUGUCCAGGAACUUUUCAGUGGGACGGCAGCACACCAGUCCUGCCGCUACCACCAGCACGGCCGCAAUGGCACAGGAAGCAUGUAAAACCUUACUAAACAAAAAGUCGGACGGUGUGAAGUCGCAGGGAAACAACAGUAAAAACAGUGUAGUAAGCAGCAGCAGCACCAAAGACAGCAGCAUGUCAUCUUCAGCACCAAUGGAAGCCCAGACAACUGUUGUACACAACCCAGCUGACGGCACCAAGGGCUCCACUGAGAGCUGUAAUAACAUAGAAGAGGAGGAGAUGAAAGGUAGGAAAGCGGCCGCCACUGAGUCUACCAGUACAGACAGUGCAGGGUUAACACAGUCCAGCACUACUGAGGAGCAGGCUCAGACCCCGUCUCCUCAGUGCCCAACACCCACCUCUGGUCCCCUGCAGGAGGCUGUUAGCAGCCCCAGUGUUCCUGUAGCUCAGCCCAGUCCGGGUCAGAGCUCCUGUCCUGCAGCAGAGUUCACUCUGUCACCCCCCACAGGCAGCAGCAACUCGCAGCAGACUCGUAAACAGGAGAUAAUAAAGAUGACGGAACAACUGAUUGAAGCCAUCAACAAUGGCGAUUUUGAUGCUUACACGAGAAUCUGUGACCCUGGACUCACUUCUUUUGAACCAGAGGCCCUUGGAAACCUGGUGGAGGGAAUGGACUUUCACAAGUUCUACUUUGAGAAUCUUCUGAGUAAAAACAGCAAACCAGUGCACACCACUAUUCUCAACCCCCAUGUCCAUCUGAUUGGUGAGGAUGCGGCCUGCAUCGCCUACAUCCGUCUGACACAGUACAUCGACAGUCAGGGACGGCCGCGUUCCUGCCAGUCGGAGGAGACUCGUGUGUGGCAUCGCCGUGAUGCCAAAUGGCUCAAUGUGCACUUCCACUGCUCAGGAGCACCAGCCGCACCCCUGCAGUGAACUGAGAACUCGGGCCCAGCUUUGCCUGAACUCUAAAGCUAUUGGGAGCAUUUAUUCUCCGUGGUCGGAGCGGUGCCUGGAUCCUGCCCGGGAAGAGGCUGCUUGGAAAACACAAAUGUGGGAAACAUACCUUACAAUUUAAAAAAAUAAAUAAAUUAAAAAAAAAGAGGGGUGGGGGGUGGGUGACACGUAAACCCAAAAAAGAAGAAAAAAAAAAAAAAAAAGCAUAUCUUAAAAGCUUGGCUGAAUGACCGACCAACACCAAUCCAGUCCAACCCUAGCUAGAUGAUGUUGGGGCCCAGCUGAUAUCGGCCCCUUCUUGCAGAUGGUGCAUGCUUCUGGUGGCAACACAGGGGUGAUGCUGUCCUGAUCCUUCUCUCCCAUGGCCUUCAUUUCCCCCUCUAUUUGUUUGUCUGCCAUGUGGAAAAGUAUUAACGUGUUCAAAAUUAUAUAUAAACAAGUGAAAAACAAGUACAGUUUGCACAGUGACUGGGGCAGCGAGGAUGUCUGGAAAAAUGUGACUUCUGUUCAGAGUGUCUGCUUUAGUAGUCAUUUUACAGCUGGAAGGUAUCUGUGGGUGGGGUUUAUGGGAACGGGAGCAACUAAUGUAAAGUUAACAUCGGAAUUUAACAGUUUUAAGUGUCAGGUUUGAGUAUCUGCACACAAUGUUUUAAAGGGGUUUAGGUGUUGCAAUGCAUUACUAAAGGGACCUUUAUUUUCAUUUGAUCUUUUUUUGUAAUAUGUGUUAUGAAACAUUCUGUUUUAUCUCCUGAAUGUGGGAUACUGUUUUAAAGUAUUUUGUGUUGAAAAAUAAAUAUUAACCAAAAGAGAGGGAUUUUAUUUAACAGAAUUGUGUAUAAACAGAUAUUUAUAUAGGAGGAAUGGGGGAAAUAUCAUUUGCUUUCAAGGUGUAGGUAGGGGAGUGGGGCAUGAGUGCAUUGGUGUUUGUCUUUUGGGUUUGGUUUUUUUUGGUUUUGUGGUCCCGAGAUGUAAAUACAAACAUAUUCACAUGCAACAACAUGCAUGCACACACACUCAAAGUCCCCGUGCUCCAGCUUUUGAGGUUGAGCCUCUCCUGAGCUUUAGACACAGCAUCCAGGCCAGCUCAUCCUGAAGUUGCAGAAGGCCUCCAUCUGUCUGCCCUGCACUGUUUGCAUUUGGACACUAGGCAGCACCAUUGGUCAAAGUCUAAAGCUCCUCACAUCUCUAAACUACCUGGUCUGAAAGCACGGACGCUCUCAAUUGAACUUUUCUUUUUUCUCUGUGUGUGUUUGAUGUAAAGCAUGAUUUAUUUUAACUCUGAUGGCCUGUACUGUUUUUGCACAGACACUUAAGACUCGAUGCUGUUGUGGUCGCUCUUCUGAUGGAGUGAACCUUUCUGCAACUUCAGGUUAUGCUUGCCAAAAUCCUUCCCUUUCACCCUACCUCUGCCACUCUACUUUCAUCAUUCCUUCUCUUUUACAAUCUCCACAUCUGUCGUGACCUUCGCUAACCAUCCCUUAGUAGCACCACGACGUGUGAUGAUGUCGUCACCCUUAUGCCUGUCUCUUGUUCUGAUUGUGUUCUUGAAACAAUUUGUAUAUUGUCCGUCUUGGCUUGCUGUACUUCUGUGUGAAGUCCUGGCACUAUUAAAAAAAAGCAUGUUUAAAAAGGAACGCAGCCGAGGGAUUGGACAAGAGGAGAGAAAAAAAAAAAAGGCAUGAUGGGAAGAGGGCUACACCGGCUAGAGGGCUCUGGGACCUUCGCUGAUCAACUGCAGUCAGUGAAUUUGGUCCCUUUUUUUUGGUCAAUUUUUGUUGUAAAUGUUGUAGCUGUUAGUGUUUUGAUCUUGAUAGUUUUCAUUUGUUUUAUCCAGAGCUUAAAUAUAUUAAGGGUAUGAAAUGAAUGGAGAUUCAUCCCCUCACACACUGAUCAAUGCACACACUGAAUACUGAAAUGUUGGGACAAAAACACGUCAUGAAAGCACAUGCGAUCAAAGAUUCUGCCUUUUAAGAGGACAAAAAAAUUUCAUGUGUGUCAGUGGUUAAACUUUGCAGCACUGUUUUUUUCCACUGUUGUAGAAAUUUUGUGAGUGUGUGACUUUGUACCAGUGGAGGAGUGAGGCUUGCUGUCUGUCUUGUCCUGUGCUGCGCUGCUUAAUAGUAACCCAUGCACCACCUAUCCUGUUGUUGGUGGUCUCCUAAAAGCAGAAACCACAUCGAUGCUUUAGACCAUCACAUAUCUGUGUGCUAACACAGUCAAGCAGACUGUAAAAAAUAAUUUGAAUCAUGCGUGAGCCCCGUUCUACUGUAUCAAGCGCCUGUGCUGUGGACAUAUCUGACAUGUCAUGAAAACUGUGUCCCUCCCACUUUUUGCACCACAAUGAUGCGUCGUAAAAUCAGUACUGAAACUAUGUGAUGUUUUGUAUGGUUCUCAGUAGUUCUGUUUGUGCCCAGUUGUCUGUUGAUACCACAAAUCUGAUGAGAUCCUUUUCUUUCAUCGUGUGUGGGGAUGUGCGUGUGUGUGUGUUUAUUUCCAUGCUUAUGGGAAUGUUUUAAUUGAAAAGGGAGACUUUACAGGCUCUUUAAAGGAGGGAAUUCAUCUGAGUUUGCCAAAGUAUUUGGACAGGUGGCAGUCUUUUUUGUUAAUAAUUACAACAAAACCAAAAUGGAGUCUGACAGCAGAUAUUUUGAUAUGUUGUAGCAGGGAAGGCUCAGUCAAAAACAAAUACAUUAACAAAGGUUGCCAGGUUCAGGGCCCUGGUCCUCAAGUCUGGUCUGCCUUUGUUGGGUGGGAGCUGAGCCAUCGUUGGUUAUUUGUUAAACCUGUCCUCUUCCUGCUGUGAACCCACUCAUUAAGUUUUUAGUUAAAUGUAUAACAGUGAUUCUCAACCUUCUGUGACCCCGCCCAGUGAAGCAGGAUCUGCUCACGACUCACGUAGGUGCUGUAUAGAUCCAUCUGUAAAAUGGAUCUGUACUGUUCCAACUCUGUACUUUUCUUCUUGGACUAUUCGCGGUUUAAAAUCAUCCCUAUCUUAUGCUGGGCCAUGAUGAAGCACCUCAAGUCAUCCUCUGUCCCUUCCCCAUCCUUUAAGGCAGCUUUAUUCUGAUUGGCCGCCCCUCUAAAACAGAAGGUUUGAGCAGGAGGUGGGUUGAACUGCUGUGCUCAUAGAGAACAGAGAUAUUAAGACUGUCUGCUCCUUCUGACAUGAGCCAAAGCUAAAAGUCUGAACUGAACAUUUAGCUUUGGCUGAAGCCUGAGAUUUGGGGUUGUACAUGUGCUGACCUUGUUAUUUUAAACUUUGCUAUAUUUAAUAUGAACAUCCACCACUGAAAUGGGAAAUAUUUGACCCCCCCCCCCCUCCAAAAAAAAAAAAAAUACAGGAAAUA